CUCAGAGCCCCAGUGGAGGUGCUGUGUCUCGGGGCUGUGCUGAUGGAGUGAGCGGGUGGGGAGGAGCGGGGCCUCACCUCCUGACUGAGCUGCUCACCGACCCCGAGAGAGGCAGCGGCUCCUCCCGCCGCCCGGGCUCCGCUAUGCUCCGCCGGAUCUUACAGCGGACACCACUCGGUUCACAGGGUACAGACUCGGAUUCUGCAACAACAGGACCAGGAGUUGAUGUCAACAAUGAAGUCGGUUCUGAGGGUUUUAUCUGCCCUUUGUGUAUGAAGUCCCAUGCUUCAGCAGAGGAGCUCUUCAAACACUAUGAAGCAUGUCAUGAGUCUGUGAAUGAAUCUGGCCACAGAGAAGAGGCUAACCAAUCUCUAAGAAGAGAUGACGUCACACUCCUUCGACAAGAAAUACAAGAUCUCCAAACGACGCUAAAGGAGGAACGAUGGUACUCGGAAGAGUUGAAGAAAGAACUAGAUAAAGUACAAGGGCAGCUGAAGCAAGGUUCUCAGUCUGACGGUUUGACAUCUGCUGUCUCUUCAGAGAUCGCCGAGGUAAAGCAGCAAUUGGAAGAGGCUCAGACAGAGAACAUGAAACUAAAACAGAUGAAGGAUUUACUGGAGCAGAAAGCAGGCACGUUGGCCACUGAACUAGUUGAUGUUAAGGUAAAGUUUGAUGAUGAAAGAAGCCACAGAGACGUGGCAGAGCAGAAGCUGAGAAGUGUAUCAGAGGAGCUGUCAAGGGAACGAUCCUCAGCCCAGGAGCUCCACACUGAACUGCUUCAGCGACCUGGAGUGGAAGAUGUUACUGUCCUCAAAAAGGAACUGGUGCAGGUUCAAACUCUGAUGGACCAGAUGACUCUCGAACAGGAGAAAGAGUCUAAUAAACUGAAGGAGGAAAACGAGCAGCUGAAGGCAGAGUUUAUUAAAACUGAGGCCACUAUCACUCAACUGAAGGCACAGGUCGCUAAAGCUCCUGAAGAAGCCUCUAUCCAUUUGGAGGAAAUGCAGAAGGUGCGGAGUAUGUGUGACGAAUUACAGCAGCAAGUCCAGAACCUGUCAGCAACAUUGUUGAAGAAAGAGGUUGAGUGCCAACAAUUGCAAGACCGCCUGACUGAGGAAUCGUUAAGUAAAAAGAGCGUCCAGACUAGCCUGCAUGAGAAGGAGCUGGAUCGGCAGCAGGUUCAGGCGAAACUCUCGGCUGCUGAAGGCUCUUUGCAGAGAGUACAGAACGAGUUAAACGAGCGCGGGGACAUGGGCCACAAACUGAAGGUUGAACUGUCAGAGGUGGAGACCAAACACCAGCAGCUUCGUGCUGAGUUCAAGCAGGUGCAGCAGCAGAGAGAAGAGAAGGAGCAACAGAACCUUCAGCUGCAGAAUGAAGCCAAUCAGCUGCACGCUAAGCUCCUGGAGACCGAGAGGCAGCUCGGAGAGGUUCAGGGCAGAUUGAAAGAGCAGAGGCAGCUCUCUGGAGAGAAGCUGAAGGACAAGGAGCAACUGGUAGCUGACCUACAACUCAAACUGUCACGCACAGAGGAGCAGAUAAAGGAAAAUGUAGCUGCUGCAACUGAAGUCCAGCAUCAGUUGGAGAAACAAAAGCAGCAACAUCAGGAGCUGCAGACUACUCAGCAGACAUCUACAUCUCAGCUGCGGGAGGCACAGAACGACUUGGAGCAAGUGCUGCGGCAGAUUGGAGACAAGGACCAGAAGAUCCAGAACCUUGAGGCCCUCCUCCAGAAGAGUAAAGACAGUAUAGUCCACCUCGAGACGGAGAGAGAGGAGCUCUUUGCUAAAAUCCAGGCUGGCGAGGGCGAGACCGCAGUGCUUUCUCAGCUACAGGAAAAAAACCAUGGGCUGCACGAUCAAGUUGCCCAGUUGACUGAGAAGCUGAAGAAUCAGAAUGAAAGCCAUAACCAAGCGCAGGAGAACCUACACAAACAGGUGCAGGAGCAGAAAGCCCUGCUGCGAGCCUCGCAAGAUAACUGCCGCUCCCUCGAGUCCAGCAUCAGCGAUCUCAAUAUUCAGCUGAGCGAAACCAAGGAGAAAAUGGUGCAACUUGAUACCCAGGUUAAAGCCAAAACUGAGCUGCAUUUGUCCGCAGAAGCAGCCAAAAGUGCUCAAAGAGCAGACCUGGAAAAUCAUUUGGAAACUGCCAAACACGCACUACAGGAUAAAGAACAGGAACUCAACAAAACACAGGCUCAGCUUGACGAGGCUGCUUCAAAGCUGAACGAGAAAGCAGAGUGUUGUAUCCAACUCGAAACUAAUCUGAAGGAAUAUAAAGAGAAACAACUGAUUUCUGAACAGAAGAUAGAACAGUUUGAAACCCAGAUUAAGAAACUGGAAUCUGAUGUUACGGAGAUGAAGGGAAGCAAGGAAUUGGCUGUAAAAGACUUUCAGCAGCUGAGAAAGCAGCACAGCGAUCUGGAGAUCCAAACUAAUGAACUGCACAAACAGCUCGAUGCUGAAAAGGAAAGCGUGUGCAGUACAAAACUGGACCUGCAGAAGAAGUCUGAAGUCCUGGAUGAAAUGAGAAAGCAGGUUACGGACCAUGAGAGAGAAACUACUGCCUUUAAACAAGAUCUUGAGACACACAAGGAAGAAGUCAAGAGACUGCAGGCUUCAUCGGUGGAACUUCAGGCAUUGAAAUUAGAAAGAGAGACUUUCAAAGAGUUCGAGGACACUAAUGGCCACUUAGCCAAUGUCACCGCAUCCCUCAAGGAAGCACAAACUCAGCUGGUAAAAGAUCACCAACUGUGGGAAGCUACUCUGGGUGAAAAGGACAAAUUUCAUCAAGAAGUUAAACAAGAUUUGGAGAAAAAAGUUGAGAAUGCAACAAACGAAGUCAACGAGCUUAAGAGUUCAGUACAGAAGAGAGAGGAGACUGAAAGGCAGCUGAGAGUUAACAUUGAGGCACUGUCAGCGCAAAGCUCCGAGCUGCAAAGCAGUUUGAAAGCAAAAGAAAAGGUAGAAGAGCAUCUUCAAACAAAGCUGAAGGAAUUGCUUGAGUCUUCUGAUCAGGCAAGGAAGCAAUACCAAGCCCAAUUGGAAGAGUUAACAAAUGAACAUUCUCAAAAGGCAGAGACGUUGAGCAAACUGCAGCAGCAGGUGGCAGACCUGACUGAGGAACUGAGUGCAAAUCAAGCCAAGCUCUCCGAAAUCCAAAAGGAAUAUGAAACCACUCAAGCCAAUUUGGCCAAACUUCAGUCCGAUAUUUAUGGAAAAGAAUCGGAGCUCUCUUCAACCAGGCAGGAUCUGAAGACCAGAGAGGAGAAAUUGUCCUUGGCUCAGGAAGACCUCAUUACCAGCAGGAAUCAAGCAAAUGUCAUGAGUCAAACAAUCCAGGAACUGAAGCAGGCCAAAGCUGCGUUAGAAAAGAAUAUCUGUAACAAAGAAGCUGAGAUUAAGGACACAGAAAAAACAUUAUUGGAUUCGCAGAAAGAAAAGGCUUUGAAAGAAGAGGAGUUGGCAAAAGCAAGUGCGAGAGCCAGUAAACUGCAGGAGGUGAAGGAAUCACUGAGAAAGCAAAUUGUUAAACUUACUGAGGAUCUCAGAGUCAGCAAAGAAGAGUCUGAGAAGGAGUUAUCGGAUCUGAAAGAAGCUAAACAGUUGCUGAUUCAGCAGAAACUGGAAAUUCAGGGUAAAAGUGACGGCAUCAAGUCCAUGCUGGACCAGGAGAAGAAGGAUCACCAGCUCGACAAGAACAAAUUGGAGAAAGUAGAGGGAGAACUGAAGAAACAGUGUACAGAAUUAGAAAACAAAUGGCAAAGUGAGCUGAAGGAUAAAGAUACACAAAGGAAGAAACACGAGGAAUCCGAGGCCAAACUGAACAUGCAGAUAACCGCGCAGAAUGAAAACAUGGCCACACUAAAGAAAGAGUGGCAGAGCAGCCAGCGGCGGGUCAGUGAGCUGGAAAAGCAGACUGACGACUUGCGUGGGGAAAUAGCUGUGUUGGAAGCUACAGUACAGAACAAUCAGGAUGAGAGGAGAGCACUCCUGGAAAGGUGUCUCAAGAGCGAAGGAGAAAUUGAGAAACUCCAGGGGAAAGUGGUGGAGAUGAGAAGGAAGUUAGAUGAUACCACAGCUGCUAUGCAGGAACUGGGGAGAGAAAACCAGACACUGCAGAUUAAACAGACACAAACAAUAAAUCGGAAAUGGACUGAAGACAACGAUGUGGUGAAUUGCAUGGGCUGUGGCAAGGGAUUCUCAGUCACGUUAAGAAAGCAUCACUGUCGACACUGCGGAAACAUCUUCUGUUCUGAUUGUUCCUCAAAGUCGGCCUUGACCCCCUCUUCAAAGAAGGCAGUACGAGUCUGUGCUACGUGUUUUGAAGAACUGCAGGGAUAAAUUGGUCCUUUGAAUUAGCCUCUAUUGAAGAAUCUGUAUUCACUAAUCUCGUAUUCAUGCACUCGUUUUGAACCUUUGUUCAAAGUUGUAAUAAAUCAUGUCCUUGAUAAUAGUUAAUUUCAAUUGGUAAAAGUUUGAUGUAUUCAGCUCACACCCAACUCCACCCUCACACCUUGACCAACGUUCUUUAUGGUUUAGCUUAUAACAGCUAACACUAACCUCUGCCAAUCAUGCUGAAAUUAGUUAUCAGUAAAUGUAGAUGAGGGAUAAAUGCUAGUCAGAUAUGUGUGCUUUUGCUAGACCAAAGAACGUUAAGGGAAAUAAUUGAACAAGGGGAACAAUUAGUGUUUCUCAAUGCACUGACAUGUAUGUUCUUCACACAGCGCUAGGUUUGAUGCUAGGGCAACCUUAAUUAGGUUUUAAUUUAAAUUUGAUCAAGUCUCUUCGAAUUCAUGCAGUCCAUUAAUUUCCCCAGAGUCUUUAGAAAUGGGAAGAAAAGUCCUGGACAUAUAGAAGACUUGUUUUCAUACAAAUAUCGUACCUUCAGCAAAGAAUGUUUAGUUUUUUGUUGUGUCCCUGGAACCCUCUCCUGAGUUGUAAUAAUACCAAUCUGGUGAAAUGGGAGGAGCCGAGUUUCUCUCACACCGAUAACAUGCUUUAGUGAGGGGGAGGGAACUUUGGCUCCACCAGGGAAAGAUGCAGAGGCAUUGUAUUAGAGAUAGAGAGCACGUGUGGCCUUGGCUGAGUGUGGGUGACUCUCGUGCACUGGUUCCCCCUGGGCUGUGGGGCUCCACAUCACCUCCCAGGCUGAGCUGGAUAAUCUGCAUAUAUGUAUAUUUCAUCUUUAUCAAGAUCUGGGAGGCCUUAGUGGGAGGACUCGGCGCUUUAAAGAUGUAAUUUUGAUGUUGUUGCCGCGGCUUAGCUUCGUCUGAGUUCUUUAUUUGUUCUCGCCGCUUGGCUUUGUGCGUACUCUGUGACACAGGACGCCACAGCGCCACUUUGACUCAGCAGCCACCAGGUAUAAUUGCAGGAAAAUACACAAAACUGAAAAUUACUCAGGAGAAACCCGAAAACAAAUAUGCCCAUGUCACUCCCAGUAGCAAGCCUUUCCGCUGAAGUAUUAAUCAUGUCUCAAUGUCAAUUGGUUAUUGAGAUCCUCUUGAAGCGCAGACAAACAUUGUCGUUUUGUUAGUAUAGAAGAUAUAGAUAGAUUAUUAGUAUAGACAGAAGAUCAGCCGAGACUUUCACAACUGCACUCUCACAAGGUUCGUCAGCAGUUGUCCUGACGGAGAGAGGAGCAGCCUAUAGAUGUGCUAAAAGCCAAGACCCCUCCCUCACUCACUCCCUCCCUCACUCACUCACUCACUCACUCACUCACUGGCAAGAGCUCUAUUUGCACUUUUGUUUUCCUGCUUUCGUCAAGAGGAAUAGUAUUUAGACCCGAAAAUGCUCCCCCUCCCCCGCCUCUUGCCUUUAAGAAAUUGAGCAAUACUAAGAACCAUGUUGAUGACCACUGUGCACUUGUUGAUGGAUAUUGUAAACUCUGUGGGUGAAAUCCAUAUUAGUUAAUUAUUACAAAGUCCACAUACAGUAAAUAACAGCUGGCCCACAAAAUAGUCAAUUCACUUUACAGUAUAUCUUGUGAAGCGCUUUGAGACGUCUCGAAGACAUGAUGAGGCUCUGUAACAAAUGCAACUAUUAUUAUUAUUAUCUCCAUUCCCUUAUGUUUUAUGGGUUUCUCACUAAACUACACCUGUUCCCGUGAAAGCUUUUACAUUUGUUCUCGAAAAAAGUAUUGAAUGUGUAAUUGGAUUGUACUGAAUUGGAUUUUAGUUGUAAAUAAAUAUUGGCCUGAUUUUAGUAA